AUGGUGGAAGAAAAGAAUCAAGUGGUGAUGCAUAGCUCGUUCAACUAUGAAGCUGAUAUCCUUGAACCUAUAUUGAGUGGCCUUUGUGUUUGGUGUUGUUUUCAGCUGCACAUGUGUUGCUUCUUGCUGUUGCAGGGUGUGGGUUGUGCUCCUGAUGCGUGCAGGCUGUUCUGCAGGGAGUCCAGGUGCUGCAGUCAGAUGCUUUUGUUCAUACCUUUUGCUCGACGCCGAGAAGACCAAAAUUCACAAUGUCGUAAUGCUUACAAUAAUCCACAAAGGGAUAAUCGUUUGCAGCAAAAUUUUAACCAAGAUAAAAUUGUUCCUUCAAGCGUUCCUUCGGGAUUACGAUGUAGUCCUAGACACAUCAAUUCUAGAGGUCUCAACUCAGGUCUUAGUUCAGGAGGUCUCAACUCAGGUCUCAGUUCAGGAGGUCUCAACUCACAGCUCCAUUUAGGAGGUUUCAACCCAGGAGAUCUGAAUUCACGAGGUCUGAAUCCAAGAGGUCUAGAAUCUGAUACAUUUGCAAACUUAAGUCAACCAACGCAAGAACAUGAAGCAGAGGAUAUAAGUCACACGAUGUCCACACAAGGUGGUUAUAAUACCACAAACAGAAGGAGAAUUCAAGCAACUCAACCAAGGAAUGAGAAGGGUCGUGGGGCUAAUAAGACCAAGAUUUCAAAGCAACGUGUAUUUGUUGAGGUAAAUGAAUAUGGACAACCCAUUAGUGAUACUGAGAGGCAGCUAUCCUCACUACUUGGUUGUCUAGCUAGAGAUCCUAGAAGAUUGCAACUAGAUUGUUGGGACUGGAGGUUUUUAAGUCAAAAGAAAAAAGAUGAUGUGUGGGAGGAAGCAAAGCAAUCAUUUGAGUUUACUGAGGGGCGAGAGCCCUAUGAUUGGGCAAUGAAGACUAGGAAUGCUGCGUGGAGACUCCAAAAAUGUGAGUUAAAUAUAAAACAUUUUGAUAGAAGAACUCAUGAAGAAGCUAUAGAUCAAAGGUUACAAGUACCUCAUAUACCUGAAGACAUAUGGAAGAAAUUGGUGGAGUUUUGGGAAUCUCCUAAAGGCCAGGAAAGGAGCAAAAGAAAUAUUGAAAACAAAAGAAAGUCAAUGAUGUGUCACUAUGCUGGUUCCAAGAGUUUUGCACGUAAACGAGGAGAAAUAAAGGCAAAAGACGGAAAAGAGCCUGAUCCCCUUGAUGUAUGGCUUGAUACCCAUGUACCUAAAAGGGGUUCUCGACUUGAUGAUGCUUCGGCGGCUGCAAAGAAAGCAAUUGAAGAGGAUUUGGCUCGCCUGCCUCAAGGUUCUUGUAGUGGUGAUGAUCGCAUAUCUAUUUUUAAAAAGCAUGUUGGGGAAGAUAAAAAUGGUUAUGCAAAAACUUUUGGUCUAGGGGUUAAGGUUCCCCGUUCUCGCACAAAGAGAUGUGCGUUGGAGGAGGAGCGUGCCAAAAGAAUUAAAGUUGAGACAGAAGCUCAAAAGAUGGUUAAGAAGUUUGAUAAGAUGUCUAAUUUGGUGAUAAAACUCUUGGAGCUCCAGGGUAUGUCCAAAGAAGAAAUUCUUACUCUUCUAUCAGAUAGUGAGGAUGUUGAUAAUAGUGAUGGUGAAAACAAUGAUGCAAAUGAGAACGAAAAUUUUGAAGAGGCUAACGAUGAUGUAGGAGAGGAAGAUGACUACAGGGUACAAGAUGACUACCAAGCACAAGAUGAAGAAGGCGAGGAAUACUAUGAUUAUGAAUAGUAAGCAAAACAUAUGCAUCCCAAUCCUAACAUUCGUUUUUGGAUGGAAUGAAAGUUUGUUCCUAUCAUGUUUUAUAAUCACGAGAAAAUCGUUUUAGACCAUGAGGUCUUUUUUGAAUCGAACUUACUAGGAUGUUGUUUAUUGUAUUGGAUCUUACUAUAGUCGAUGGGUUCUAGUAACGUAUAAUGUACAAGGUUUUGCGUGGUUGGUGAGGCCA